AUGGAAUCACAUAGGAAAACUUUAUAUGGGAAUAAUAAUAAUAAUAACAACGAUAAAUCUGCAACUGCAGAAUCAGAUCUUUUCGCUUUUAAUCAAUUAAGAAUUAGGAAAAAACAAUUGAGGUUUGCAAGAUCCGCUAUUGAAGGUUAUGGUUUAUACGCCAUGGAAACUAUACAACCUGGUGAAAUGGUUUGUGAAUAUGUUGGAGAGAUCUGCAGAUCUGCAGUUGCUGAGAUUAGAGAACAAAGAUAUUUGAGACAAGGUAUAGGGAGUAGUUAUUUAUUUAGGAUCGACAAUGAUUUAGUUUGUGACGCUACUUUUAAAGGUAGUGUGAGUAGGUUGAUUAAUCAUUCUUGUGAUCCUAGUGCCAGUGCUAAGAUUAUUUCUAUCAAUGGUCAAUCGAAAAUUGUCAUUUACGCCAAACGAACCCUUCAUCCAGGUGAAGAAAUACUAUACGAUUAUAAAUUCCCAUUGGAAUCCGACCCGGCUUUACGUGUACCAUGUUUGUGCGGAGCUGCUACAUGUCGUGGAUGGCUCAAUUAA